UCAUAAACUUUCCUACUAAAAAAAAAUUUCUCAUAAAUUUUUUUCUCAAACAAUGUACAAAGAAGGUCCAGUGUCCGACUCAGAACUCGCUAUGCUAGAGUCGAUUCGCCACUAUCUCCUUAGUGACGAAGAUUCCGUGAUCAACUGGGGAACCAUCCCAGAAUUUUCCGAGGAUGAACUCUGGGAAUCACCGAGCUUCACUAAUACUCUAUCAUCUGAUCACAACUUGUUGUCUCCGGCAUCAAACGAGCAAGAUAUAGAAUCUUUUGGUGCUACUGCCAGCAACAAUACCGUCGACUUUGCAUCACAGGCAGACUCGAGCUCGCCAGAUGAUCAAUGCCAUGCGGGUGCUCUGUGUGUUGCAAUGGCGCCUGAGGCAGAUGUGCCAGUGGCGAGGGGGAUGCACUAUAAAGGGGUGAGGAGACGGCCGUGGGGGAAGUAUGCAGCAGAGAUUCGGGACCCAAAGAGGAAUGGGGCAAGGAGGUGGCUUGGGACCUAUGAAACGCCUGAGGAUGCGGCGCUGGCCUAUGACCAAGCUGCUUUUAAGAUGCGCGGUUCAAAGGCUCGUCUCAACUUCCCCCACCUUAUUGGAUGUGAUGGUGUUGAACCCGUCAGGGUCAACCCAAAGCGUAGGCGCAUGCUCAAGCAUACGUUUGUCGGGCAGUGAUAGCUGUCAAUCUUAACCGCGGGACUAAACAGGUCGUUUAAGUCGGGCUGUUUAGGGAGUACGCGUAGUAAUCAUAUUUGUCUGAAUGUGCAUUAUUCUUCCUCUCUUCUUCCUCCUCCUUAGAACAGCGUCGAUUUCAAUCAGUCAUUGCUGGUGUGAACAGAGAGAUCAGGAGUUCUGCAACCUACUUCCGGAUAAUUUUUCCAGGCGUCGUCGUAUAUAUCGAGCUUAUGUAUUGGUUCCUCUUUUUUCCCUGUUUUUCUCUGGAAGAAAAUGGAGAUGUCUUCGGGUACUUGAAGCGGAUUGGAAUAGAAAAAAGG